GUGGCUCGCUUUUCAUCAGUUCAAAUAAACCUCUCAGUUUUAGGGAUCAAAAAUGGGUUUCAAGGUCUUUGGACUGCUAGCAUUAGCCUCCGUUGUGAGUGCUCAGAGUGGAAUUGGUUACUACGGUCACCAUCUGCAGAAACAGCAUCAUAACGCUGAGGUUCAUCACCAACCAGAAGAGCACCAUGUAGAAGAGCAACUAUAUCAGCAACCCCAAGUACAGCAUCACUAUCAACCACAAAUUCAGGUUCAUCAUCAGCCACAGGUGCACUACCAGCCUCAGCAACAACAGCAGCAUCAUCACGAGGAAGAACACCACGCCCCGGCUCACUACCAGUAUCAUUAUGGCGUUCAUGAUGAGCACACCGGAGACGUUCAUGGUCAGCAGGAAUCUCGGGAGGGGGACAAAACUGAGGGACAGUACUACCUGAUCGACGCCGAUGGCCAUAAGCGCACUGUGACCUACCACGUUCAUGGCAAGAGUGGAUUCAUUGCUCAGGUGCAACGUGAGCCGGUUAAGGGCUACCAAGCUCCACAUCAUCAGCAACAGCAAUACACUGAGCAGCAUCAUCAUCAACAUCAGCAACAACAAUAUGCAUAUCACCAUUAGAAAAGUUCAGUUGCGUGGGGUAGUUUAGAUUAAGUAAA